AUGACCACAAAAACUUCCUCUUCAUAUUCAGAGAGUAAACCACAGCCACCACGACGAACAUGCUUGUGUUCUCCGACAAACCAUCCAGGCUCAUUCAGGUGCAGCCGCCACCGGAAUCUCUACAGGGUUCCUAGCCAACAGGCGGCCAGUGGUGGCUCAUGGGAGUUGGCGGUGGUUACAAAAUCUAACUUGGUGAAGGCGUUUCUCCGGUUGAUGAUAAAGCCAUCAAGCCAUGAUAUUCAAAGGAGGAAGAAUUUCCAGAAGAGGCCCAGUAGGUUUUGCUUGUUGAAUGGGAAUGGAAAAAGACUCGCAGUAGUUUCUUGA